AUGCUCGACGAUCUUAUUGUUCAUUGUUUGGAGGAGAUUGCAUUAGAAGGAGAUUUAGGUUGUGAUCUCGAAAGAUUAUGGGUUUUUGUUCAAGAAUUUCUAAACCAACGAUACAAGGAGGUCGAACUCCAACCGGGCUCUUUGAAGUCUGCAACCAAAUCAAACACACCUAAUUGUGACGACGCAUUCAAAGCAUAUUUUUGGUUGCAAUUCGUAACUAGUGAAGAACUUAUAUUUUUUACGACAAAAAAUAAUUCAAAUUCAGACGAAACGCAAACAACCAAAGAUGUCACUAAUUCGGAUUUGGUGGAAAAUCAUGAGUUAGAAAAGAUCAGAAUUGAGAGCAUGGCUUUGCACGAUGUACAUAUUAAUUAUGGCGAUGGAUUCCGGAUGAAAGUCAUUCCUGAGUACCAAAAACAAAUAAUAUUCGGUGCAGUAGAUACAACUCGAAACAUAUCACCAUUGGCGUAUAACAUAUUACAACAUAUCGCACGGAAACGCGCUAUUGGUGCCACACAGGCAGACAUGGCAAAGUUUUUGAAAAUUGACCCGAGAUCAUUUUUCCAUUAUAUUAAAAUUUUGAAUAACCUAAAACUAAUAGUGAAACUUCCCGUUGUCACCAAAGGAAUUUAUACAAAUUUAUGUAUUCUCGCAAAAUGCGCAUCUCAAAAUCCUGCCUACUCUGGGAAAUCUGUAUAUCUUCCUACAAAUAAUCUAUCAAACUCGCGACAAGUUCAGGCUCCUGAAUACCUAUUUGAUCCUUCUGAUACAAUUAGUGGAGGCGUAUCUUUUAAUUCUGAAUUAAUCAAAGGCAGAUUUACUGAAAUCCUAGGAAAGGCUAAAAAUAAAAUAAUGAUGGCAAAGGAUUUAAUGAUCGCAUUGUUUGGAGUUUCAUCACCCACAAAGAAACAACGUCGCUGGUUUAAUAGGACCGUCGGUACUUUAGUAGAUCAAGGGUACAUAGAAAAAGUAAAUGUAUUGAGAAAAGAUUCAUUCAAGCAGGUGGAUCGAUGCCUUAGGCUGGUUGCCAUGUAUGAAGGCAAAGAUCACGAAGUUGGAAAGAAUGAAUCAUCGACUGAAAAUACUUCAGAUGCAUUGGGAUCCUCGAAAAUCCGCUGUACAAGUGAUAACAACCAAUUAGGUGUAUAUGCUGAUCUUCCCCUGGAUUAUCAAGUUUAUCGCUUAAUACAAGAUUCGGAGGAGAGAGGAAUGGUUGGUGGGGAGAUCACACGCGCUUUUAAUAAUAUGAACCAUCGUGUUCUAACAAAGAUUCUCGAUCGACUCGUUAUACCUCCACCACCAAACCUACGUCAGUUUUCUGUAAAACGGGCAGUUGAAUUUCGAGGGCGUGAAAGGCGUUAUCGUUAUUUCUCUCUUAGGGGAUAUAAAAAAUUUGCUGCAAAUCAUGGAAUGAAAUUAGAAGAGGAAGAUGAAAAUUAUGAGAGCCAAUCAAUGUCAGCAACUCCAACACAUGACCCUAUGUGGGGGGUGGAGUUAUUGGGUGAAGGUGAAGUCGAGAAAGAUGAUGACUUUUUACCAUCUUUACAAGCCAGAGAGCGGCGCAGAAAGAAAAAGGAAAAGUGGCGCCUAGGUCUCCUUAAUGCAGAGUCAAAUCCCAAAAUACCUAGGAAAAGAGGCCGCCCUAGAAAAAAUACCGUAACUUCUUCAGAAGUCGAACAUCCUAAACCUAAAAGCAAGGGCGGGAGACCAAAAGGGAGUAAAAACAAAAAACCCUCGGUCAAGAGAGCACGAAUCGACGAAGAGUCUACAGUUAUAAACGACAAUUCGUUAAAUCAACCGUUAUCCUUUUCGGAUGUAGUAAAAAUUCCCGGUGAACUUCCGGAAAAAGACGUAUCGACACGAGAAACUAUUAUUAAUGAAAUAGUGCCUAAUAAUAUUAGCGAUAUUACAUUUAAUAAUAGCUCAGUUGAUCCACAGCCACUAGAGUCUACUGAUAUUGUUAGAAGCCCCUUUGUAUUUGAUAAUAAUUCUUCUAAUCAAAUAAUUGAAGAACAACCUCCGAUAGAAAAACCUCGUAAGCGUCGAGGCAGACCUAAAAAAACAGUUAACGCUCUUUUGGAUCCCAUUAGUGUUUCAGACAGUGUGAUUUCUAAUACUGAUACCGCUGGAGUGAUUGAUAAUAAUACAUUAAAGCAGGUCAAUGAAGACCACCAGUCAAUAAACGUAGGUCAAUCUCGCAAAAGUUCAGGCAGGCGCAAGAAAACGAAUAUUCUACAGUCAAAGCUUGAUAUAGUUACUAGUGGUAAUACAUCAGAUAAAGCUAAGACUCUGAUCAAUUCUUCGAUUCGCAAUUCAAAUUACGACCUUAUGACCACGUCGUUUAAUCCUAACUUUGAAGAUAUGCGUGAAAUUGAUAACAUUAGCAUGACAGAUGUAAAUUCGAGUUUAUCUGAAUCACGUCCUAUUAUACCAGAGAGUUUACUUACAGAUUCAACUAUUCCAACGAAUAAUGAUACGCCUAAUUCAAUGUUUAAUCUUUCACCCACGUUUACUGACGAGACCCUGUCGCAUUCUCGUGUGAACUGGACUGGGCUCGAUGUACACAGCAUGCGUAACGACUCAAUGAGUUCCAACACUCGAUUCAUCUUCCAGAACGAUUUAAAUUCUUAUAAUGCAUCAGAACUAUAUUCUGAUACAUCCUUAAACAGUCAGGUAGUAUCUACUUUAAACGAGGAAAAUUACAGUGGUCAGCCUUCAUCGUCACCAGCUGGUCGAAAUAUUUUCAGCGUAAGCUCAGAUAUUCCGAAUGCAGGGACAGAAUCCUUUAUUAACAAAGGUAAAACAGCAAAAUCUCAUAAUUCCGAAUCAACGGACAUUCCUGAGAUCAAUUCACUAAUUUCGGAAUUAGAACUUCAAGAAGACAACGGUCAGAAGGAAUCUGGUGAAGUAGAAGUUGGUCCUUCUAGAACAUCAUCAUCAACUCACUCUCAAGGAAAUCGUAACAGGUCCUCGGGUACUUCAGAAACUUCUACUAUAAAAAUAAAGUCUGGUAAGGCAGCCGCAGCAAAAAUUACCAGAAAUUCAAAACGAAAGGGUUCUGAAGAAGAUCAGCUAGCUUUUAACAAAAAAAGGAAGAUGUCCCCUCUUGUUCCUGAUGUAGUCACGGAACUUAGUAAACAGGCGUCGCCAAAGAAAAGAAAAGUUUUUACACCCGCAUCAAUCACAGCAGCACUUCGGCAAAAAGUGCUUACACGUCUCCUGGAGGAACACCAGGUUAUCGAACACAGCGCCGAACUAGUCAAAUUAUAUCAGCAGACGUUGGCCAAGGAGUCUAAUGUAAUGACUACACCACAUGUCAUCGAUAAGAAAACGUUACAAAGAGCUGCUGCAGCGAUGGAAGAAAAAGGACUUCUCAAGACUUAUAAUGUGUCCCUGCCUUUGUUGAAUGGUGGCAGCAAUACCAAACUUCUUUUCCUUCAUCCUAGUUUAACUCCAUCGAGUCCUAUAGUGAAGGAAUAUGUCACCAAGAUGUUGGACAGAGCAAUACUCAUUGGAAGGUCAUUCAAACCAUCCAAAAUAGAGGAAGUAAAUAUAGAGGUUGAACCGCUUGAAGAAUUCCAAAGGCGUGUUGCUGCAGAAGCUGCUGCUGGUGAAAAAACGAUUACACUUGAAGUACCUUCUGAGCCUAACACAAAUCCUUCCAAUGCAUGUGAUACCCUCAUGAAUUCUAUGGCACCAGAAGAAUACUUCAUGGGCAAUCUUCCAGGAACUGAACAUGGUAACAAAACCUUGCAAACGUCCAAUGAGAUGUGGUGGCUUCACACAGCGCGAGGUUACGGUUGGAUCAAUGCGAAAAUGAUUCGUGCGAAAAUACUUCACCAAUAUUUGAUCUCCAAAAUUUCAGAUGAGAAUUAUAUCGACAAAAAUUCUAGAACUUUUCACACGGCGAUUCUUAUACGUGACCUUCCUCUUGAUUUAUACCUCAAAAUUAUUGGUCAAUCGAUCCCCAGUCAAGCCUUAACUAAUUACGUUUGUUCGGGACAGAGCCUUGAUGUCAGCGUUAUUGAUCUUCCAAGUGAGUUACGCGCGUCGCUUUUUUCGGGAAACUACAAGUUCCGGCAGAAUCUAAAAAGACUAAUCGACAUUCUCGUGGCUUUGCGAAUUCUCAAGCCAAUCCGUCGGGUAUUCAAUGAGAGUGGCGAUCCUGUGUUGGAUGUCGAGAGCGAUAACGCAGACAACUUUAAAUUUGAUCCAACGGAAUGGUCUAGUAAAAAUGCGACUUCGUGUAGCCCACCGCAAACCCUUUUAGCUCCAGCAUACCAACUUCUACGGCAUGUCCCUAUGUUCGAUUUUUCGGUCGCCG